UUGAAGAAUUCAUUAUAAAUCAUAAUCGAAAAUCUACUCCUAUUUUGACCAAGAACGGAUCACCUACAUUCCUUUCCGUUCAAUCAAAUGUACAGAUAACAAAUGAACCUAAUUUAGAAAGAUCUUCUCAAAGAAAAGACGAAGCGAACGAACUAAAAGCUCGAGGACUAACGCUUUUAAAAACUGAUAAUGACCGAAUCAAUGAUUCGUUGAUGUCGGUCGACGUCGGUAACUUAUUAAUCCAACAACUUAUCAUUCAUGAAAACAGUUGUA